UAUUGUACAGAGUAGGAAGACGAAGUGUUGGCAUUGCUCCAGGCUUGAAUCGUAGUUGCUUCGCAGGUACAGGCAGCCCAAGCAGUUCAUAUUUAAGGUUCCGUGCGAAAGCAGUAGUCUCAAAAUGACGACUGCAUACUUGCCCAUAUUUUAUGUCCUUCGCAUUACAGAGCGCAAGCCACUUUUUUCUAAGGUCUUCAUCCUUUGGGAGCCUAUGAAAUCGAAGAGAAGUCCCUCUUGAGUACACUGACGUGCACCCAUUCACCAUACAACUUGCUGGCAUAGCAAGGUUAUGAAGCGCGCUCGACCUGCACUCCCUGGCCUCCCGACCAGCACUGCUGCUGCCUGCACUGGCGGACCUAUCCUUCCACCACCAAGUGACGUCACGGGCAGGUGCGCCGUUCCUGCCAACUGUUGCCUUCCGCCCCCCCAUGAUGGUUUCACCUCUUAGUAAGUAUGUCCAUCUUGAUCAGCACCGCCGCCACGCGCAGCUGUAGCGUAUGCUUCCAACUUUACCUUUUACCAUCUCGAGCAGGUAGGAAAGAGUCGCCUAGUUCGCGUGUGGCUGCCGGCGUGAGGGUGAGGCAGGAAGACGAGCGAUUAUGUGGGUGGCAGUGGUAGUUCCGGUGGUGGUGGUGGUGCUGUCGGCCCUGGUGAACGACCCUCUGGGCCUCCUGUACUCACGCCCCGAAGUACCCACGACCACGAUCAGCGCGCCAUCCCAACCCAAGGAGGACGUCGGGGAGCCUCUAUUCCUUACGCCCCUUCUGGAAGUUGGGAGGAUCGAGGAGGCGCGAAGGCUGAGUCGAGUGCCGUUGGGCGAGGAAUAUGGGUUAAGCUACGCGGGUUUCUUCUCCGUGGACAAAGCCUUCGACGCCCACCACUUCAUCUGGUUCUUCCCGGCGAGGGAGGCUUGGGAGGCCGCCCCUGUGAUGGUUUGGCUUGACGGGGGUCCGGGGCUCUCCUCCAUGCUGAGCCUCUUCUCCAUGCACGGGCCUUUCUCCCUGACCCGCGAGUGUGAACUUGUACCCCGCCAGCACACCCUAACCAAGGUCAUCAAUGUGAUCUAUAUUGACAACCCCGUCGGUGCAGGCUACAGCUUCACCAGCACUGAGGACAGCAUCCCCAGGGACCAGGUGAAGGUGGGCGGCCAGGCGCUGGCCAGCCUCACGCAGGUGCUGCAGAUGUUCCCGGAGAUUAGCGACAACAACCUUUACAUCGCAGGACACUCUUACGCAGGGAAGUUCGUGCCUGCGCUCGCCCACGCCAUCCACACCCACAACUUUGAGGCCCUUCACAAGAUACAACUUAAAGGUAUCGGUCUCGGGAACAGUUUGGUGGAAUCGGAGUCUGUGAUCAACUACGGAGACAUGCUUUACGCGACCGGGAUGGUGGACGAGAAAGAGCGACGCCACUUCAAGGCCCAGAGCGAGAAGGCUAAGAGUCUCGUGCGGCAGGCCAAGCUAGAGGAGGCACAUCUGGUGGUGGGGGGGCUGAUGGGCACACACCAUGGCGCCUCACACUACGAGCAGCUGACGGGGGUCACCAACACACUCAAUUUUAUGGACGACUGCUCAUCCAUCGAGGAGAUGCACUACAUGGACCACUGCGUCAUCCUGCCCAUCUUCCGGCGCGCCCUCCACGUGGGCAACAAGACUUUCCAUCAACCCUUUUACCUAGGAAAGUUUUUCAAGGCUGAUGUUUUCCGCAGCACCAAGCCCUGGAUUGAAGAGAUGAUGAACAACAGCGUCAAGGUGCUGAUGUACAACGGGCAGCUGGACCUCUCGGUGCCCUACGCGUCCACGGAGCGUCUGGCGCGCACGCUCCACUGGCCGCACAAGGAGGAGUACAUGCGAGCGCCGCGGCGUGCGUGGAAGGUGGAGGGGCAGGUGGCGGGCUACGUCAAGGAGGCGCGUGGGCUGGUGCGGGUGUUGGUGCGCAAGGCCAGCCACACCGUAGGCCACCGCCGACCACACUGGAUGCUUGACAUGUUCAGCAGGUUCAUGACGCGCGACACCUUCCUGUAAGGGUGGUGGGAGCGUCCGCCAACCUGUGGGCCAUUUCGGCCAUGGCCAAGGAAGAGGAUGUCAAAUCCCUUCCCAAUGGGUCAGUGCUGCCGGUGGCCGGGCUGGAGCCUGGUCAGACGGGUUCAGCCUCUCGGCUGUGGCAUCAUAGAAAAACAAAACUAGGGAAUUUGGGUUAAACUUAGUGCUGUUUCAGGGAAUCAAAAUACUCUGACCAAGGCCUUGAGUGUGUCUGUUGUAGAUUUAUGCGUCACAAAUAUACUGUGUAACGGAAAUAUGAAGUAAUUGCAUGAACCUCUGGCCUGAAAGCACCCAGGGAUUUUUUUUUACACACCAGCCUAUAGCGCCGGUAGGCUUUCUUGAGGGGCCUGGUGGUUGGCCCCAGCCUGUCAUGGCGCAGAUAAGUGUUUCUAGAGACGCCAUCUAUUCUUGGCUCAUGCUGUCCUCCGAAGCUCAUUCUUGAUUCACUUGGACGGUUUCCUAAAUAAUCAGGGUUGAUGGGUGGUCUUAAGGAUAGCAUGUGGGUAGUCUUAGGGCCGCUUUCACAGUUACUUUUGUUUGCUUUGAUAGUUACCAAUGAGCGGCGAUCGCCGCUACUGACAAGAAAUCCGCUUUCACAGGCGUGUUACGUGGCGCUGUUUGUUUGCAUCAGUACCAUCAUGGCGCAGAUAAGUGUUUCUAGAGACGCUAUCUAUUCUUGGCUCAUGCUGCCCUCCGGAGCUCAUUCUUGAUUCACUAGGGAUAGGCAAGUACCGUUAAUUUGAGUACCGGUAGUACCGGUACCGAAAACUCAAGUACCGUUAGUACCGGUACCGGUACCGGUACCCGAAGGAGUUUUUUUUUUUUUUUU